AUGGGCGAAGGGGCUGCGGGGCGAAGCUGCCCCCCGCGCCGGAGGCGGCUCCCGCUGCUGCUGCUGGGGCUCUGCGGCUGGACAGCCGCGCUGCGAGGAAAUGAUAAUAGUGAAGCUCUUCCCGAGUCUAUCCCAUCUGCUCCUGGAACACUGCCGCAUUUCAUGGAGGAACCAGAUGAUGCCUACAUUAUCAAAAGCAACCCCAUCGUGCUACGUUGCAAAGCUAUGCCGGCUAUGCAGAUUUUCUUCAAGUGCAAUGGUGAAUGGGUGCAUCAGAAUGAGCACGUGUCUGAGGAAAGCAUGGACGAGGCUACAGGCUUAAAAGUUCGAGAGGUUUUCAUCAACGUGACGAGGCAGCAGGUGGAGGAUUUUCAUGGGCCAGAGGAUUACUGGUGUCAGUGUGUUGCAUGGAGCCAUCUGGGGACCUCCAAGAGCAGGAAGGCAGCCGUGCGCAUAGCUUAUCUACGGAAGAACUUCGAGCAAGACCCCCAGGGGAAGGAGGUGCCCAUCGAAGGGAUGAUCGUUCUGCACUGCCGCCCGCCGGAGGGGGUUCCUGCCGCUGAGGUGGAAUGGCUCAAGAACGAGGAGCCCAUUGAUUCCAAUUUGGAUGAGAACAUUGACACCAGAGCAGACCACAACCUCAUCAUCCGCCAGGCGCGGCUCUCCGACUCCGGCAACUACACCUGCAUGGCUGCCAACAUCGUCGCCAGGAGGAGGAGCCUCUCUGCCACCGUCGUGGUAUAUGUAAACGGCGGCUGGUCUUCGUGGACCGAGUGGUCCAGCUGUAACGCACGGUGUGGUCGAGGCUGGCAGAAGCGAUCGCGAACCUGCACAAACCCCGCGCCGCUCAACGGAGGGGCCUUCUGCGAGGGAAUGUCAGUGCAGAAAAUCACCUGCACUUCGCUUUGCCCUGUGGAUGGAAACUGGGAGGUGUGGAGCGAAUGGUCCGUGUGCAGCCCGGAGUGUGAACACCUGAGAGUUCGGGAGUGCAUUGCUCCCCCGCCAAGGAACGGAGGAAAAGACUGCGAGGGCCUGAGUCAGGAGUCGGAGAACUGCACCGAGGGGCUUUGCAUUCAAGACAUGGAGAACGCCAGCGACAUUGCCUUGUACUCGGGGCUGGGAGCGGCGGUCAUCGCUGUGGCCGUGCUGGUGGUGGCAGUGACCCUGUACAGACGGAGUCAGAGUGAGUACGGCGUGGAUGUGAUUGAUUCGUCUGCACUGACAGGAGGCUUCCAGACAUUUAAUUUUAAAACAGUCAGACAAGGUAACUCCCUGCUUUUGAACUCGUCCAUGCAGCCGGACUUGACAGUGAGCAGAACGUACAGCGGACCCAUCUGCCUGCAGGACCCCAUGGACAAGGAGCUGAUGACAGAGUCUUCACUGUUUAACCCGCUGUCCGACAUCAAAGUCAAAGUGCAGAGUUCAUUCAUGGUUUCCCUAGGGGUGACCGAGAGGGCUGAAUAUCACAGCAAAGCUCAUUCUGGAACUUUUCCUCAUGGGAAUACCAGGGGCUUUGGCACGAUACACGCCAGGAACAAGGCUACCUACAUCCAGAACCUUUCUCCUAUUUCAGCAAAAAGUGAGCUGAAAACAGCUGCCGUUUUUGGACACCUGGGUGGCCGUUUAGUGAUUCCGAACACAGGAGUCAGUUUGUUGAUACCCCAUGGAGCUAUUCCUGAGGAGAGUUCAUGGGAGAUCUAUCUUGCCAUCACUCAAAGGGAAUCCAGCCUACAGCCAGAUGGCCCAGAUGUUCUUCUAGGCCCAGAAGUAAGUUGUGGUCCCUCGGAUGUGUCUGUGAGCACCCCGUUUGCCUUGACUAUUCCACACUGCGCAGAGCUGAAUUCAGAGCACUGGAAUAUUCACUUGAAGAAAAAGACCCAACAGGGAAAAUGGGAGGAAGUGAUGUCUGUGGAAGAGGAAACUACUUCCUGCUACUGCCUGUUGGAUCCUUAUGCCUGUCACAUUCUCUUAAACAGCUUUGGAACUUAUGCUCUUAUUGGAGAGCCCAUCUCUGACUGUGCCGUCCGACAGCUGAAAGUAGCCGUUUUUGGAUGCAUGUCUUGCAAUUCUCUGGAUUACAAUCUGAGAGUGUAUUGUAUGGAUAACACGCCUUGUGCAUUUCAGGAAGUGGUUUCAGAUGAAAAGCUCCAAGGAGGACAAUUACUGGAGGAACCAAAACUUCUGCAUUUCAGGGGGAAUACCUUCAGUCUUCAGAUAUCUGUCCUUGAUAUCCCUCCUUUCCUCUGGAGAAUUAAACCAUUUACUGCAUGUCAGGAGGUGCCCUUCUCCCGCGUGUGGUGCAGCAACCAGGCGCCCCUGCACUGUGCCUUCUCCCUGGAGCGCUACACGCCGGCCACCACCCAGCUCUCCUGCAAGAUCUGCGUGCGGCAAGUCAAGGGGCACGAGCAGAUUCUGCAGAUCCAGACGUCCAUUCUGGAGAAUGAAAGGGAAACCAUCACUUUCUUUGCACACGAUGACACCAACUUCGCUGCACAGAUGGGCCCCAAAGCCUUCAAAAUCCCCUACUCUAUCAGACAGAGAAUAUGCGCAACGUUCGACACACCCAGCGCCAAAGGCAAAGACUGGCAGAUGUUAGCACAGAAAAACAGCAUCAACAGGAAUCUCUCAUAUUUUGCUACACAGAGCAGUCCAUCUGCUGUCAUUUUGGACCUCUGGGAAGCCCGACAUCAGCACGAUGGUGACCUUGACUCCCUAGCAUGUGCUCUGGAAGAAAUAGGAAGGACACACUCCAAAAUCUCAAACAUAACAGAAACUGAGAUGGAGGAGGCUGACUUCAGCUACAGCAGACAGAACGGACUUUAGUCGUCUCCUCUCCAUUCAAGAAUCAAUGGCCAGCUUUGAUUUUUACACUAAAAUGUCUCUUUGGCAGGGAGGGAGUAAGGAUCCGUGCACAGUGUGUAUAAGGAACAAACAUUAAGUUCGACAAUGCAGUUUUCAUUUGGAGGAGCAGAAGCUGCCCCCAUUACAAAUCAUCUCAGUAAUAAGGAAAAUUUAGGCUUCUCCCGGGCCCAGCGCUCUCCUUUGUUCUAUAUUUGAAAUAUGUUCUAGUGUCAAAAACUAAACUACACACCUGCCAUUCCCAGGGGCAGGACGGGGUGAGGUGCGUAGAGCUUUUAUACUGUAUUUAGGAAAAAAUGCCUAGUGAUAAUCAGCAAAUAGCGUAUUGAAUAUGUAAAGCCAUGAGAGGUCACUUGUAGUUUAAAGGUUUGUUGUGGUGGGGCCUUGUGUCGCUUUUGUCCUGCACCUCUCUAAUUCACCGCAUUUCAAGGGUGGGUUCAAGGUGCCCUUUGAUGGCAUCGCAGAGUCACUUUGUAUUUGCUUUAAUCUAG